AUGUACGACUCGAACCGGCCGCAUCCCCUGCUGGCACAGGUGCCAUUGACCGUGUCUCCCUUCAUCUCGCUGCCGACUGCCGUCACGCUGCCUUACACCUACAAGUCUGUCGCCUCGGCGCUGCCUCCGUCGAUUACCGUCAAUCCUGCGAGCUCAGAUGACAAGGCUCGCUAUGUGGUGUCGUCCACGGGGGGCCAUGCAGCCCACCCGGAUGAGAUCCUGGCAUCGUACCGGUCCCUCGAGGAACACCUGAACAAGACGAUAGCCGACGCAAAAAAGGCCAUCGCCGACUGGGAAGAGUCCGUGAAGCAGCGAGAGCUGGCUGAGAAGAGACGGCUGGCUCCGGGCUGGCUGGAUCGAGAAGAGAAGCUGCUGCAGCCUGCGCAUCUCCAGGGCGCAGCCUCUGCUUCGCUGCACGGCGAGGCUGUGUCCCCGAGCAUUCUGGAUUCGAGUUCGAAAGAACAAGAAUUGCAGUCCACUCCUGCCAUAGCGCCGCGGGAUGAGGGAGAGGAACUGGACCGCGCGUUUGGCGGUUUGAAUGUGGGAUGA